CAGUUUAGCCAAUUUAGUUGAAAGAAAGAUAUAUCGUCGCAAAGAUACCUUUUGAAACCGGAAUUCCCGAAAUUAAAAGAUUAUUCACUGCAAUGUUCAAUUUGAAAUAACAUUUUGAUAGUCACAGUCGUUGUUAUAGUUUUUAGCCAUAAGUUACUGUGUGCGGUGUGUGGUGGUGACUACAAAUUUAUUAAAAAGCAAACAAGUGCCAGUAUAACUGAUAAGAAAAUAAUAAUCAGAGCUAUUCGAAUAAUAAACCAAGCGAGUCAAUAAUAAUAUAAAACGGCCCCCAUAACAUGCCUUUACAUGUCGAAUAACAUUACAUUUUGCGAUUAUGCUUUCAAUGUGUAAAAUUGAUUGGUUAAUGCGACAAAGUUGUGUUCGGUUUUCGUUUGUGGUUUGUUUGAAAAAACAAUUUUAGAGUUUAAAUUGCUCGAUGAUGAUAAGCUGCUAAUUAAAAUAAAAAAUUUUGUUGAACGGUCGGCACUUCAUAUGGAUGAUAAUAAAUUAUUGAUUGUGAUUGUUGUUGGUGUCGCUGAAAUUUCCUGCUGAUACGGUUUGCGAAAUUUUUGAAAGAAAAAGUAAUCGUCGUUUUUCAUCAGGAACAAUGGAUUACAUUAUUAAAUUGUACAAAGACUGGAGACUGCAUUCAGAGUUUAAAGAAAUAGUAUCCGAAAUGGAGGACGACUACUUCUUCACGGAAAAGCAUUCAAUUAGAGAAUCAGCCCGAUCACUCAAAAAAUAUGGAAGUACAUGCAAUCACGUAAGAAAUGAAUUAUUGCUGAUACGACACGAACUGGAGAAAACAGACACUCUGCAAGGGAUUGCUUUGAAAUACGGCUGUACGACAGAACAAAUACGCCGUGCAAAUCGUCUGUUCGCUCAAGACAGUUUAUUUUUGCGACAGUUCCUGAUGAUACCGGUGGACAAAGAUUCACCAUACUAUCCGAAAGAAGAUCGGCCACAAUCGCUGCCAACUGGUUCAUCAAAUAACGCCUGUAUGGCAGACAUGCAAACAAAUUCACCGAAUAGUCAGUCGAUGAGGGUGCUCAGUCCCGAAGAGGAGAAUCGCAAGGACAUUGACGAGUUUAUGGGUAAAAUAGACUCGACGCUUGCACAAACCAAGAAGUAUGUCGCUAAGUCACAGAACAGUUUCGAUUUCGUCCCCCCAAGUGAUGAAAAUCUAUUCACAACGAAUCAUCGCCACUAUGCCACAUCGCCGUCAACAUCGUCCACAUCGUCACGCCACCACACACGCAAUAGCUCAUCGGGCAGUGAUACGAUCCAAUUGUUAACAAUGACAUCCGGACGCCGUGUACAAAACUCACUGCAAAGGUUGGAAAAGCAACAGGACGAAUUUUUCGAAUUGUAGCAUAUGGUGAAAACGCAUCAUGUACCAAAGUUUUAUUAUUAUUUCCCAUUUCUGAAAUUGUCCGGUAUACGCAGUACGUUACGAAAAAUAGCGAACAAUUAUGGGAAUAGUUCUGGUGGUGCGUCGUCGGCUAGUGGAAAUUAUAGUCGGCGAUAUUGAAAUAAUUUUUUUUUUUAUUAAUUUGAAUAUUUUUUUUUCCUGAAUUUUAAUUUCCAUUCUCGUGCUAUUUGUGUUUAAAAACCAACGUUCGUUAAUUUUCUUUAAUUUAUAUCGAGCAGCUGGAAUGAUCGAUUUGUUUCCUUUUUGUGGAAUGUGAAUACUAAGAAAUGAAUGGAAGUGAAAGCACAAGAAUCUUGGACCGCAAUUUUUUGUCGAUCCGUAUCCAUCUGAGAUCUGCUUUAUAUUAACGUUGAUUGAUUUGGUUGUUGCGUUUUUUUCUCGUAUUUUUAAAUCAUUUUUGAGAGAUCUGAACCAAAUUUUUUAGUGUGGAAUUGAAGUUGCCAACAGUUAUUGCUCAUCUGUUCAACAACAGUGCCAGUCAACAAUCGAAAAUUUAGAAAAGAAAUAAAGUUAAUGCAUUUAACACGUACACGCAAAGAUCGUUGUUGAUGGCGCAAACAAUUUUUUUUUAUUAAUGAAAAUGCCAUUAUCGGCACUUAACAGAUUUUUUUUUGUUGAUUUUAUCUCGAUUCAUUGUAUCUCGGGUUACAUUCAAACAAAUGGCGCGUAUGCCAUUGAAAUGAAAACACUAUUCAGAUAAUGAAAAUAAUAACAAUAACAAUAACAAAUAAUAAUGAAAUUAUAUAUCAUGAAUGUCAGGUGAGAAUAGAAGAAGAAGAAGAACAAAAAAAAAUGAGAAUUAAUAAUCUGCACACUCACACACACAUUUAUAUAAAUAAUAAAAAAAUCAUCUACUGCAUCUACUAGCAAUUUAUAAAGAGUAAAUUUGAUUAAAGAAACAAAAUAUAUUUAUGAGAGACACACACGCGAUCAACAUAAUAUUAAAAACAAAUUUGAUAUAUAAAAAUGAAGAAAUCAUUUUUUUCGCAUUAUUUAAACUAAAAACAUAGAAGAUGAAAAACAAACCCUUAUUAUUGAACACCAUCCUAUGAAUUAAAUUAUAUUUGUAAAUAAGAUAAAACAAAGAAAAAAAAUAUAUUUAGCUUUUAUGUACAUAUUGUAAAAUGAUAAAUGAGAAAAAAAAUAUUAAAGUUAUCACACACACAACAAACACGAUCAUCAAGUUAAAUAAAAUAAAACAAAAAAUAUUUCAAAGAGAGCUGUGCACACUUGAGACAAAUGUUUAUUAGCGAG